UUCCGCAUGUGCUCCGCCGCCCGACUCGGAGGAAGAAAGAAAACAUGGCAGCUGCCACCAACCCCGGUGACAUUUCAGCGUCUAUCGCGCGUAUUUUGAAUGAAAAACAUCGCCCCGAACACGUGGAGACACUCAAAAUGUUCACAACGGCGUUACGGGAGCAGGAAUACAGGGAUGUUGUGGACAGAGAGGCUUUCUCCACUCUUGCGAAGGUCUUAUCCCGACUGCGUGACGCGCUCCAAGCAGCCAGCGGCUCCCGUCGAGACCUGAAGUCCAUCACCUUGCGGCUGCAGCUCGCCGCCGAGUGCUUCCGGGCUCUGAGGAACUCCUGUGUGCAAAGUGCUCGCAACCAGAGCCUCCUCAGGGAACUUGGUUAUAUUGAUGUUUCAGUUCAACUCCUGAAAUUCCUCCACACAACUUUAAAGAGCGAGGAUGGUGUCUUUGAGUCUCUUCGUUGUGGGAUCCAGUUUCUCGGUAAUCUAGCUGUGGGGAACCAACUUUGUAAAGAGGACAUUUGGCGGCUGAGUUUUCCUGGGCUUCUCUUGCCGCUGCUCAAUCUAGACGACGAGAAGACGGUGAGCUACGCUUCCAUGGUGCUCCACACGUGCCUGGAUGAAGCCAAGGUGGGAGAACUGGCCGAGCUGCAGAACAUUCAGCUGGCCCUCAGGGUGAUGGAGCUCUGCCGAACCCAACCCGAGCUGGACUGGACGGUACUUAUUGCAACUCAGCAUUUUCUGAAGUCUUCAGCUCUGGUUGAAAACAUGUACUCUGCAAUGUCUCCCUCUGAAAGGCUUACCCUGUUAGAGCUGAUCUCUGCUCAGCUAAGUGGCGGCGAGUCGGUGGAUAGCGGCAUCCCCGCCGGCGUGGGUCGCUUCCUCGCCUCCUGCUUCCAGGAAGGUUGCGGAGCCGUGCUGAGCCUCGCCACUGGCUCAGCUUCUAAUGACGAGGUCCUGCAGGAGGCGCUGACGGUGAUCAGUCUCCUGGACGUACUGUGUGAGAUGACCUCACACCAAGGACAGUUCAUGUUCCUACAGGACCAUCCGGACCUCCUGGUGACCACCAUCGAGCUCCUGAAGCAGGUUCACACAAUUGGAAAGAGCAGCAAGAACAUCUUCAGCUCUGCUCAGAACUUCGACGCACUGGUUGACGAGGAGAAGGACCCGUCGAUCCAAUCUCCCGUCAUCAGCUUCAAGGCUCACCUCAUCAGGCUCGUCGCAAACUUGUGCUACACCCACUCCACCAACCAGAAUAAGGUGAGAGAACUGGAAGGCAUCCCCCUCAUUCUGGACAACUGCAGAAUCGACAGCAACAACCCGUUCAUCAGCCAGUGGUCUAUUUUAGCCAUUCGGAACCUCUUCGAUCACAACCUGAAGAACCAGGAGCUGCUGGCCUCGCUGGAGCGCCGCGGUGACGCCGACUACUCGGCGCUCAGGGACUUGGGCUUUCGUGUGGAGGAGCGCGACGGCACCUUGUUGCUCAGACCCACGAAGAAGGACGCGUGAGGUUCUCAAGAGCGACUCCAGACGGGAACACAGGUUUCAAAAAUGAGGAAGAGUAGUGCGGGGAGGAAUCACUUAGUUGAGUACACUUAUAGCAAUUAAGCUAUGCUUGAUAGAUUCAGUAUUAAACGUGCACGGGAUUUGCAUGGUAGGAAAGUGAGGUCUAAGGCUAGAGUACCUGCUCAUGCUGCUAUCUUUUGGAAAAGAGUCCUGCUAUGAUCCAAAGAAUCUAAUGGGUUAUGCCUAUUUGGCAGAGGUAGGAAACAAGAGUGUGACAUGACUUGACAAUUCAGCGCUUGCUUAGCUCAAAAGACUUGACAUUGUAAAAGCUGCGUUUUCAGGAUUGUGUCACAUUUGUAUGGUUUUUUUUUUUCCAAAGUAAUGCACACGAACCAGUUAUUAUUAUUACCAUAAUUCCCGGCCUACAGAGCGCACCCGGGUAGCGCCGCACUCGCGUUAAACUUUUUAUGCGUACCGAGGAUAAUAAUGAGGCGCGCUAACGCUGGCGCCGCAUCACCGCUUAAACCGCAGGCUUGAAAGUGUGUGAAAAAACAAGCUUGUAGGCCGGAAAUUACCGGAUGUGGAGCACAGAAGCCACUUCAUGAAGCGAGGAGGGAUCAUGUUUUUGAUGAACGGGGGAGUUUAACGCUAGCGUGGCGCUAGCAUUAGCGCCUAGUGCUGAACUUUGUGUAUUGAGGCUUGUAACCAGGUGCGCAUAAACCUCAGGGUUGAAAGCGUGUGAAAAAAGUCGUGUCUAGUUGGCUGGAAAUUACGGUACAUUGUUAUGUGGAGCGAAGAAGCCACUUCACAAAGCAAGGAGGGAUCAUGUUGUUGAUGAACGCGGGAACACGGAGUGUUGCAACUCAAAGAUUAAAGACACAACAACA